CCCUCAGAUACCCACUUUACCAGCACUGACGAUGGGCACCAGCCCUGCUUCUGUAGUCUCCCAGGCAGCUUAGCACCGAAGCUGCGCGUCGUGCGACAAACGCCUCCGGCUAUGUGCGGUCCGAGCACGCAGGAGGGGCCCCCCCUGGGAGCCCUCUGGCCAGGGAGGCGCGGGGAAGCGCGGGGAGGCGCGGGGCCCUGGCGCGGCGACGGGCAGCGCCUCGGAGCACCCUCGGGACAGCAGCGAGAGGGGCGGGCGCGGCGGCGCGGGGAGGAGGAGGAGGAGGAGGAGGCGGAGAGGGGGAGUGCGCGGGAGGGCGGAGGGGCCGCGCUGCAGCGGGGGCCGGAGGGGCGCGCCCGCUCCUGGCGUCCAGUUUCUGCGGGCCUCGAGCCGCGCUCGGAGGGCCCUCGGGGCCCACAGCGGGGGCGCCCCCGCGGGCCCUGGGCUGGGAAGGACUCCCCUGCCCCGGGCCCCCGACGCCGCGGUUUUCUCGCGGCGUAGGCCCCUCGGAGGUCUCGCCCGCUCUCCGCGGCCAGCUUUCCCCCCUCCAGAGAGAUCGACACCGAAGAGUAGGUUCACAUUCGAGAUGGUUGGAUCCUGCGCCGGGAUCACUGUUCAGCGUGGUGAGACAGUCAAGGAGGGGGCGCGGCUGCAGCCUCUGAGACUCUGAGCCUGCGACAACCCUGCGCAAGUAACCUCACAACCGACGGUGGUGCUGCCCGUGCCAGCCAGCCUGGCACGGUCUGCACAGGGGUGCAAGUACGCUCCACGCCUCGCAAAGAAAUAAAUAACACAGCCCGCCGGAUCUGGUUGGACCACAGUCCUGCUCUCCAAAAUGACUUGGGCUGGACCUACCCACUGCGUCGAAUCUCAAAUCGCGCUAGGUGCCCUGGGACACACAAAUAGAUACACACAGAUGAAAGGAUCCCCCGUA